UAAUUCGUAUGUUGGGGUUCCAUUUCCGGCAAGAUCAUGGCGCCGUCGAAACCGUUCCAGCUUCUGGAAAUAAACAUAAUCUCCGCCCAGGAUCUGGAGCCGGUGUCCCGGAAAAUGCGGACGUACGCCACCGCGUGGAUGCACCAGAGCCGGAAGCUGUCGUCGUGCGUGGACAAUGAGGGGAAGACGAAUCCUACGUGGAACGACAAGUUCGUGUUCCGCGUCGACGACGAGUUCCUCCGUCAGGACACCUCCGCCAUCAUGAUCGAGAUCUACGCCACCCACUGGUUCCGCGACGUACUCGUCGGCACCGUCCGCGUGCUCGUCGGAAACCUCAUCCCUCCUCCCACCCGCACCCACCAGCAGACCAACCAUUACACCGGCGGCAUGCGGUUUGUCGCCCUCCAGGUGCGAAGGCCAUCGGGGCGCCCGCAGGGCAUACUAAACAUCGGUGUGGCCUUACUCGACAGCUCGAUGAGGAGCAUGCCUCUAUACCGGCAACUCAGCAUGUCAGCCGUUGGAUUCCGUGACUUGAUGGACGGCCCACAGAACCUCCCUCAACAAGCCGAAAAGAAUAUUUCGAUCGACAAUAACGCGAAGCCCAUUUUGCGUAGAUCGAAAAGCGAACGCAGCGAACUCGUUGGACUCGACCACUUCUCCCCCAACAGCUCCAUGAUCUUAGUAAAAGGCAAAGCACCGGAGCCUAAAGAGAGCUCGAUUAUAAGUAUUUCCGAAUGCAUCGUUCCGUUUAAAAAUACAGGCAAGGCUAGCUCGGUUAUCAAUGGUGCAGAGCUUAGAGAGAAGCCGAGGCAGAGGGGCAAAAAGGGAAAAGCAGGUUCCGUCGUCAGCGAUUCGAUCGUCAGCAAAGAGUCGACCAGCUUUCGCAAGAACGAAACCCCCGUCUUGAUCAAGAAAAUCGAGGAGGGCAAUACCGUAAAUUUCCCGAAAGAAUCUAAAGCCGCCGUCACCACACCGCCACCAGUGGCGACGAUCGGAAAACCCAUCUCGAAGUACGUGAUCGGGGCUCCGGCCAAGAAAGGGGGGUCGAUAUGGUCGGAUUCCGAGGUGGGGCCCUCGCCGUCUGAGGUGGCGGCCGCCAUGGCGGACCAGAGGCGGUACCCCUUGGAGGACAACCAGAGCUCGGUUUUGGACGGUUGGAGCGUGGACGAGAGCGUUGAAGGGCUGAGAUCGAAGCUGGACAGGUGGCGGAUGGAGCUGCCUCCGUUGUACGAUGACCGUGGAGGAUGCUCUUCGAGUAGCUAUAAAUCUUCGACGGUGCGCCACGCGAGGAGGCACACGGAUAACGGGAGCGGUUUGUUUUCUUGCUUUGGGAAUAUUUUCGGUUACGAGUGCCAAUGCGUGUGCGGUAAGCCGAGUGCCGGGAAAAGGAGCGCUAGCGCGAGGUUUCAUAAUAGCCCUUCCACUCUCACUCCCGGACGAUCGUUCCUUUGAUUUACCAUUACGUACAACACCUGCAUUUUCGGAAAAUAAAUCACCGUUUUCUGCCCAUAUC